AUGGCACCACCUUCACAUCAUUACCAAGAAAUCGACUCGAGAGCCUUAGUCGACAGCCUGCUAGUCAGAAACGUACCCAGCCUCCAACCCCGCGACUCCGCCCACACCGGCACGGUAGCCGGUACGAUAGUCGGCUUCAUCCUGGGUAUCCUCCUCCUCGGCGCCGCCGUUAGUUUCCUCAUCGUCCAUCUCAUCAAGAGGAGCCGUCGCGACAGGGAGGCCACCAGAGACGGCCUCAGCACCGAGCCUGCUGGCGAGCCUCACACCCACGACAAGGACGAUCUGGAGAGGCGGAAGCACGCCAAGGCUGAGCGUCCAAAUUCUGGUCCGGCAAAGGCCCUCAAGAACAAGCUGUCCUUGUCCUGA